AUGGAACUUAGUCUUAAGCACCAACUUGGCCUUGUUUGUGUCAUACUGCUCUUUCCUGCACUGUGUAACUGCAAGCAAUCUUUUACCAAGUCCAGAGCAACCUAUUAUAGUACCCCUGAUGGUUAUGGCACUCCAAAUGGAGCUUGUGGGUUUCGCGAUUAUGGAAGGACGAUCCAAGGUGGCAGUGUCGCAGCGGUAGCUGGGCUAUGGAGGAAUGGAGCUGGCUGUGGUGCAUGCUACCGGGUUUGGUGCACUGUACCAGGACUCUGCAAUAACAGUGGAGCAAUAGUGUUAGCAACAGACUAUGGUCAGGGAGACAGAACAGACUUCAUCAUGAGCCCACGUGCCUUUGCAAAAUUGGGACGAGACGCAAAAUCAUCUGCAGAGCUUGUCAAAUACGGUGUAGUGGAUAUUGGAUUUGAAAGGGUGUCUUGUAAAUACCCUGGUCAAAACAUCAUGUUUCAUGUCCAAGAAAGUAGCAAUAACCCUGGCUACUUCGCUGUUGUGCUUCUCUAUGUAGAUGGAGCAUUCGAUGUCUCUGCUGUUGAGAUGUACCUGAAAAACACCAGAGAAUGGAUGCCCCUGCGCAGGGUCUCUGGGGCAGUGUUUGACUAUCAAAACCCACCGAGUGGUGAAAUCUAUUUAAGGUUCCAAGUGAGUGGCAGUGCUGGGGUUUACUGGAAGCAGCCCAAGAUUCCUAUCCCUGGAAAUUGGAAGGCCGGAGCUACUUAUGAUAGCAAGAUCCAGAUUUAAUUACUAAUAUAAAAGGAAAAAAAGCACUUUGAAAUCAAAUAAGGCACUUUGUACGCAAUUUGUUUCUGAUUAGUGCCACUAAGAAUGCUGGCUUGUGCCCCUUUUGACAAAGGGACUAGAAUAAUGGGGAUUCAUGUACUUCCCAUCUGAUACUACAUGGAAUAUAAAUAAAAUAAAUGUGAUACCCUUUCUCCUUUAUUGGUAUUUGGCUGCCAAUGCAAAAUUGCCUCGAUGUUGUUAAAAUUAAAUUGCUAUUGACGAUACACUUAAUAUUUAACGCCUUGAUUCAGCCAAGUAAAACCGUCAUUUAUUGGUUCAUUUCUAAGAUAGACACUGUACCGUUGAGAGCUACAAGUCUAAUACGUACCCUUGGGAGGGAUAAGAGUCACUAUAGGAGUAUCGUCGCUAGUAGAGGUAAAGACCAAGCUAGACAAUGACGUCCCAAGAAUGAGGUCUAACUGUGCAAGUUAGGGGGUUGAGCUGAGACGAGGGCUUGUGAAACUGGCAGGAUAAGGGCAUAUAAGAUGGGGUUAUUUAUAGGAGGAGAGGGUGCCUUCCUCGCAUGGAAGGGCGAGCCAGGUCAACUCUCCUUAGGGGGUGCCUAGCAUAGAGUGUUGAGAUAUAUAGUCCCACAUUGGUUGUAUGUACAACUAAUGUGGAGUUUAUAAGGUCUUGGGCACUCCCACCCUUUGAGCUAGCUUUUGGGGUGGUGUAUCCCAAGGUUUUUUACAUGGUAUCAGAGUCUCGCCGCCCCCCAUUUUCUCUUGUGGCGUUUCUUAGCACAGGUAGGCUGGGCCUGUUGCAUUGUCCACUCUUCAAGCCCAUUGGGCUCUUGUGUGAGGGGGCGUGUUGAGAUAUAUAGUCCCACAUUGGUUGUAUGUGCAACUAAUGUGGAGUUUAUAAGGCCUUGGGCACUCCCACCCUUUGAGCUAGCUCUUAGAGUGGUGUAUCUCAAGGUUCUUUACAAAGAGUUUAAUUUUACUGUCCUAUUUUCUAUAUAAAACAAAAAAUGGUACGAAAGGAAGACUUCUAUAUUAUCUAUGUUUUAAACCCAAAGGUAAUUAAUUAAGCGUAUCUUUCACCUAUCAAAUCUAACUUUUGAUUUUGGUCUAAAAUCAAACGAAAUGGUCUUUUUGUUAGUGUUACCCCAGGCUUUGUUUAGAUUGGUGGUAUUCUAGUACAGGAUGAAAUGAAAUGGUAAGUAGCAACAUAGAAUGCCACUGCAUAGUUUGGCUAACACUUUAGCUAGGAGAAACACGGGGAACAACAUUCCCCUCCGCAUCCAAAACAGCUUAACAUUAACAAGUAGUCACGACAU